ACAAAAUGGUACCGUGGAGGUGACAGUCAGUCCGCCUCCAUUUCCUCCCCGAAGAAGAUCAGAGCCCAACACGAUAAAACUAACUCCAAUCACUAAUGGAGGCCCACGCCUUUUUCUUCCAUAAGCCUUACUCUCCUCUUUUUACUAAACUCCGCAAUCCAUACCUUGUUAGCCUAAACAGUGAACUCCAAACCGUUAGGUGUCGGUGUCGGUGUCAGUGUCAGAUCAAGAGCUUCGACAAUAAUCAUCAACCUCAUAACAAAUGGAGCUUUGAGUUUCUGCGCGAGACGGAACCUGUCCAUGUUAUUCAAACCUCCAACUCUACCGUCUCAAUGGCCGCCGCUUCUGCUUCCGAAUCUGCUUCAAAGGCUGUGAAGAAGGUCUUCCUUUUCUUUUGUCCCGAAACUAAGGCUCUUGCCGAGAGAAUUGCUGCGCAGUCCGAUGCGAUUGAGUUACGGACCAUCAACUGGAGGAAAUUUGAAGAUGGAUUUCCCAACUUAUUUAUACCCAAUGCACAUGGCAUUCGGGGGCAACAUGUAGCUUUUCUAGCAGCAUUUAGUUCUCCUGGAAAAAUCUUUGAGCAGCUGUCGGUUAUUUAUGCAUUGCCAAAGCUGUUCAUUUCUUCGUUCACACUUGUGCUUCCCUUCUUCCCUACUGGCACUUCUGAACGGAUGGAGGAUGAGGGAGAUGUUGCAACAGCUUUUACUCUAGCUAGAAUCUUGUCAAACAUACCCACUUCAAGGGGAGGACCUACAAGCUUAGUCACAUUUGACAUACAUGCAUUGCAGGAGAGGUUCUACUUUGGUGACAAUAUUUUACCCUGCUUUGAGAGUGGCAUACCUUUGCUAAAAAAUAGGCUCCAACAGCUCCCUGAUUCGGAUAAUAUAUCCAUUGCUUUUCCUGAUGAUGGUGCCUGGAAACGAUUUCAUAAGCAGCUGCAGCAUUUCCCAAUGAUUGUUUGUAAUAAAGUUCGGGAAGGCGACCAAAGAAUUGUACGCAUCAAGGAAGGAGACCCUCGAGGAAGGCAUGUUGUGAUUGUUGAUGAUUUGGUUCAAUCAGGUGGCACUCUCAUUGAAUGUCAGAAAGUGUUAGCAGCCCAUGGAGCAGCAAAAAUUAGUGCAUAUGUAACACAUGGGAUUUUUCCUAACAGUUCGUGGCAACGAUUUAAACCUGAUAAUGGAGGGCAUCCUGAGCUUGGGCUCACCUACUUCUGGAUGACAGAUUCCUGCCCAGUGACAGUGAGGGAAGUGAUUAACAAAGCACCUUUUGAAGUUUUGAGUCUUGCUCGUUCCAUCGCAGCUGCACUUCAGAUAUGAGAUCAGUAGGUUAAUAGAAAGAUCUAUCUACUAGUGUGGCAGCUAACACGUGUGGGGCCUUCUCGUCUUUACCUUUUCCUAAAUCCCAGAAUUAGCAUAUAUAGAGAAAUUAAGAGGCAGCGGGAAUAUUUAAAAUUGCACCAUAUGGUUUUAGUUGCACCCAACCCUACUUAUUUAUAAUUGCUGUGCAAUAAAUUUAUCUAAUAUAUUCGCAGUUUGGAAUGACGUCGCGUUAGAUUCUUGGUGAACAGGGGCCUAUUUGUGGCCCAAGCCGGUGUACUUAUUAAAGAAAUCAACCCAUAGUGUUUAGAUGUAACCGGGUUGUCACUUGUCAAUGGCUGGUAUUAAAAUUGCGGCUUUUAAAGCCAACUGGUUGGUGCUAUUUAAGUCUAUCAAAAAUAUAAUUUUAAGAAUUUA